UACACAGUGCGGUGGGGAAAAUGGAGGAAGCUCCUUGGGAUGAGUUAGGGCGAUUAAGUCAAAAGGAUAUUUAUGUUUUAUCGUGAGGGAUUGAUUUUAAACCCUUACGUGUAAAAAAAAGGAGCCUGUAUCAAUGAUGGCGGCGCCCCUGGCGUUCCCCCCCCCACACCAGGACUGGGUCAGCGUUACGCGUGCGCACGCGCCGUUCCGUGUGUUUUUGGGGGGAGGGGGGAGGUCCGGGGAGGUAUCUAAUACAGGGACACACACCCCUGUUAACGGGAGAGGUGGGAAAGCGGUGAACAACGAGAUCCGGCCUGUCGAAACUAAAAGAAGGGGAGGGGAGGUCGAUAGGUGAAAGGGACCGUAGUGUACUGUGUGUGUGAUUGAACGCGAACGGUGGAAGUGGAGCCGUUCCGUCGGCAAAUGGCAGACGAGGCAGUUGUUGUGGGGGAGGGGAGGUCACAUGAGGGUCAUCCCCUGCCUUGUCCCCCAGAGCGCAUGCUCCUCCCGAAGCAUCUGCUGCGCUAGCAGGAGUUGAGGAGGACAACGAUGAGCAAUGAAGAGCACACGCCGCUCCUGGAACCUGCUGCUGGGGGUUUCACUGAACAACAGCAACAGUAUUUUCAAAACGUGUGGAAUAGGAAUCUGUAUCUGGCUACAUUUACUGCUGUUCUGGGGCCUCUUAGUUUUGGAUUUGUCCUUGGCUACAGUUCUCCUGCUAUUCCAGAAUUGCAAACUGAUUCAAACCCGCAUCUGAAUCUUGAUUCCACUCAAGCUUCCUGGUUUGGGUCCUUAGUUACUGUAGGUGCAGCUGUGGGUGGCAUAAUUGGAGGAUGGAUUGUUGAUAAAAUUGGCAGAAAGCUGACCCUGAUGAGCUGUGCUGUUCCGUAUGUUGUCGGGUUUAUGAUAAUUGUUGCAGCACGGAAUGUCUGGAUGCUGUACGGUGGUAGAAUAUUGACUGGAUUGGCCAGUGGAGUCACCUCACUGGUUGUGCCUGUCUACAUUUCUGAAAUGGCCCACCCUAAAAUACGAGGGCUGUUAGGAUCCAGUGUUCAGCUGAUGGUGGUAACCGGAAUCAUGGGUGCAUAUGUCAGUGGAAUGGUCUUGACCUGGUAUUGGCUUGCUGUGUUAUGUUCCUUACCACCAACCCUCAUGGUCGUACUAAUGUGCUUCAUGCCAGAAACUCCCCGGUACCUGCUUAGAAAGAACAAACGUGCUGAAGCACUAAGGGUCCUGGCAUGGCUGAGAGGACCUGAAGUAGAUUCUGAAUGGGAAUGCAGACAGAUUGAAGCAAAUUGCGAUGAGCAGGAUACCAAGUUUGCACUUUCAGAUCUAAAAAAUCCAACAAUUUACAAGCCUUUACUUAUAGGAAUAUCUAUGAUGCUAUUUCAGCAGUUAAGUGGAAUCAAUGCAGUGAUGUUUUAUGCUGAAAGCAUCUUUGAACAAGCACAUUUUAAGAACAGCAGUGAGGGUUCUGUAAUAGUUGGUGUUGUUCAGGUAGUUUUCACAGCUGUGGCUGCUAUCAUCAUGGACAAAGCAGGGAGAAAACUUCUCCUGGCAAUAUCAGCAUUGAUCAUGUCCAUCAGUGCAGCAGUCUUUGGGGUAUAUUUUAAAAUUUGGCAAGCGCAUAUCAACAACUCCUCUCUCCAUAAAACAGACGUUUUAACCGUUGUGAAUUCAGUUUCUGAGGUUCCAACAUGGUUACCUCUUGUCUGUCUAGUCGUCUUUAUAACAGGUUUUGCACUUGGCUGUGGCCCUAUUCCAUGGUUGGUGAUGUCAGAGAUAUUUCCAGUCAGGGCGAGAGGCAUAGCAAGUGGAGCAUGUGUCCUGACAAAUUGGUCAACAGCGUUUCUGGUAACCAAGGAAUUCCAUGACCUUGUUGAAAACAUUACCCAGUAUGGAACCUUCUGGCUCUUUUCAAGUUUCUGUUUCAUGAAUCUGCUCUUCACUAUUUUCUUUGUCCCUGAAACAAAAGGGAGAACAUUGGAACAAAUUGAGGCCUAUUUUAAAGCACCUACUUAAGGGCAGUUAAAUGAAUCAAUUAUUUUAAAGCUGCUUUUAUUCAAUAUUGUAUACCUGUGAUUGUAUACAAAUCUUUUAAAGUGGUAAUUAAACAGUACCAAACCCUGGACCCCUGUUGAUACUGCAACUGUCGAUAUAUUAUCUUAUUAUUGUUUAUUUCCUUGUAUUGGUUCCCUGCUCAUCUUCCCCUAUAAUCUGUUUUGACACGAAACGCAAAUUCUAGGACUGGAAGUCAUGCUGCACUGAUAUAUAUAAACAGAAGACUGGACACAAGUGAAUAUAGUACUGUACAGAUUAAAAUUUUUGUUUUAAAAUUUUAUCUUAUUUUAAAUUUGUUUUGACAAUUGUGCAUGGUCACUAUAGAAAGCCAAAUUUGUAUGAGUCAUUUGGUGGAAGAAUCUCAACUGGCAAAGUUUGUACACAAACAUUUAUUUGGGGUAAUUUUGAAGGAUUGUGUAAACUGGAACCAGGAAAUGAGGAGCCUGUUUUCAUUUCUCCCAAUUCCCUACUAUUCAAAGUCAAAAUUGCUACCACAGUGUCUACAGUAAAUUUGUUUAAAAACAAAUAGCAAGGCCCAUUAUCCAAAGCAACUACUUAAUGCAAGCCUAAUUUCUUUCAAAAAUGUGUAAUUAUCAUACUAUUGUAAAUUGAAGAGAAUUGACAAGGCUACUUAUUCCUUGUUGCUUUGAUAAGUUUUAUGUUUUACAGAAGAUUACAUCCUUGGACUUUCUGUUUUUAACCCUAUUUAACACACUACCUCACUGAAUAAUGUCAGAAAAAUGAAGUAUGUUGUUAAUUUCAUGUUUACCUUGCUUGUUAUAAAAUGUGAAUGAUAAAAUACUUGGUUUUUAAAAUUGUUGAAUUUUUUGCCAAUAUUGUAAUAAAUCGAACAUAAUAGAAUCUAUAAGUUGUUGUAUGUCUAAUCCACUUCUUUAAUUAGGCAUUGCCUUUCCUGAUCUAAGCAUGAGUACAACCUGGCAACUGUAGUUAUUUCAUUGAAAAUUGGGAUUUUACUGCUUUUAAUGUACAAAGUGUAAUUCUAUAUCUUGACAAAAUAACCUUUACCAUCCCUAUCAAGUUGAGUAGAAAGGUUCAGAUAACAGUUUGCCAACAAGAAGAGAGUGAGCUUUGGUUAGAUGACAAGUAUAUGUGGCUCAUCUUUUUCACCCGCCAAGGGAGGUGUUUGUGUGAAUAGACUGAAGAAAACCUGGAUGAUUUGUGAUCCAUUUUAGAGAGCUUCAGAUAACUCAGUUGAAUAAGGAGCUUCAGUUACAUGGACUGCGAUAUAAUUGUUUCAUUUGCACCUCACCAAACACGACCAAUAGUGAAGCAGGGAAAGGAAUUUUGAUCCUAACAACAUGGCUCAAUAAGUGAUUUGAAGUGGGUGGAGUAAAGAGAAAUGUACUAGCCACAAAUGUCCUGUUACUUGUUUUACAGGGAGCUUUGCCUCUGUUUUUGACGAAUCUUAGAUCAUUCCUAAACCUAAUACAAACAAUUUAACAUUGCAUGCUGUAUGAACUUUUGUUUUUUAAGCAACCGCCAUAAAGCAGAUUA